CGUGAAUUGACUUUUGGGUAUGUUGCUAGUAACUCUUUUUGUGAGCACACGAUGGCGCCGUUGAAACCAGGUAGUUUUCAGGCCUAACAGUUUGCUCCGUGAAUUUGUUCAGAGCUGAGGGGAAACAUGCGUGUGUCCUGUGUGUUGAUGCUGCAUGCCUAGUGGGAGUGUCAUAAAUGGUUGAGGGAAUGGCAGAAGGAGGGGACGCCGGUGCUCCACCCAUCCAUCUGUGGGUGCGACGGGUAGGCGUCUACUGUGAUGAACGCCGUAAAACAUGGCUCGUGGCUGUGGAAGAGGAGGCAGGUACCCUGAGGGCCCGGAUUCAACGAGUUCGGGUCCCCCUGGGCGAGGCACUGCGACCCAGCCAACUUCCCCCAUCGCAACUGCCUCACAUGUGGCAGCUUUCCGAGGGCGAGCAGUACAGGGAUAGUAACUCUCGCAUUUGGGAGAUACAGCACCACCUAAUGAUUGGGGGAGUUGAGGAGCUGCUGCUUAGACUCAUGCCCAGUGAUUAACCUGGAGCGGUGCCUCUAGGAAGAUGUCCCUGUUUGUUUUGUACAAUAUAUGAUUCUCCCACCUCAGAGGUGGGAGGUGGCAGCUGUUUAACAGCACACAGC